GCAAAACAAGUGCAUUCCACCGAAAGAAAUCUUUCCCCACAUUAGAUAAGCACCAUGACCACCACCUUCACCGCCACCAUCUUGCCGGAAAAGAUGGCUGGUGGUGAUCCGCUUCCAAUUGAGAUAGGAGCACGUGGUACAGUAGGAAACCUUGUGAUGAAGGAGAUAGAGUAUUUCAAAAGACUUGAAGCUGACAGUCGUGGUGGUGAUCAUGGUAAGUGUUCGAUAAGAACCACUUCAAACACCAACAAAAAACACGGUGGUGAUGGUGGUGGUUCUAAAUUUUGGCCUAGUUUCGGAUUCUUGACAUGGCGGAGGGCUAAGAGGAAGGGCGAUGGUAGUGGUAGGUUUUUGCCUAGAAUGUGCACCAUGGUAGAUGUCGCCGACAGCCGCCACCACAACCACCAUAGAUUGAGUAAGAUCCCUAGUUUCAGUUACCGAAAUCUUAAAGAUGAUGUUAGCCAAUUCGAUGUUUAACCACCGUAUUAAACAAAACAUGGUACAUCAUCAGAUAUUGACAGUCAGUUUUCCGUACAAUUAUAUCUAUAAAAUAUUCACCAUGUAAAGUAAAUAUAUGGCAUCUUGUUUUAUAUGUUUGAUUUGCAUAAAAUUAAGGAAACACGAAAGUAAAUUCAUUUUUUUGAGCUAAAUAA